UCGGGGACAGAAGUAAAGAUUGAGCUGAAAGAGUUUUUUUUAUUCCAUGGUGUUAGAGGGACGAGUAAAAGGAGCGAGCGAGCGAGCGAGAGGGAGAAAACUACACGUGGAUGUAGAGUCAAGAUCCUUGAGGAUUUCUGCGCGAAAUGUUGGGAUGGAAAUAUCAGGCUUUCGCUCAGGAAGAGACUAGGGACUCUCCAGCUGUUAUUCUUGUCACUUUUGGGGAAUUAUUACUGUUGUUGUUGUUGAACCAAACGAUCCGCGACUGGUUUCCAGCGACAUGGCUUCGGUUUCUAACCUUGCCCGGGACGGUGGAGCACUGCCCCCGAGGUACAGUCAUCGAGCCCCGGCCGCUUGCUCGGAUCUGCUGCGGAGACCCAGUUACUGCCACGCUGCUUUCGCAUUGAAACAGAUCUCUAAGGGUAGGGCAGAGGGGCGCUGGGCUCCACUGUGGCUGCGAGCCCAUUUCCAGGCCCUGCUCUUCAGGCUGGGCUGCAGAAUCCAACGGCAUUGUGGCAAGAUCCUCUUCAUUGGUCUAUUGGUCUUUGGAACUUUUGCUGUUGGCCUCAGAGUUGCAAGCAUUGAGACUGACAUCGAGCAGCUUUGGGUGGAAGUGGGAAGCCGGGUGAGUCAAGAGUUAACAUACACACGGGAGAAACUGGGCGAGGAGACGAUCUUCACCACACAGAUGCUGAUUCAAACCUCGAAGAAUGAAGCGGAGAAUAUCCUUACUCAGGAGGCAUUGCUCCAACACCUGGAAGCUGCCCUGGCAGCCAGCAAAGUACAAGUCUCGCUCUAUGGAAAGUCCUGGGAUUUAAACAAAAUCUGUUACAAAUCUGGAGUGCCUAUUAUUGAGAAUGGAAUGAUCGAGCGAAUGAUUGAGAAGCUAUUUCCCUGUGUUAUUUUAACUCCCUUGGACUGCUUCUGGGAUGGUGCCAAGCUUCAAGGAGGUUCUGCCUACCUACCAGGAAAGCCGGAUAUUCAGUGGAUGAACCUGGACCCAGUGCAGCUCCUGGAUGAACUGGGGCAGUUUACGUCUUUGGAAGGAUUCAGGGAGAUGCUAGAGAAGGCACAAGUAGGACAUGCCUACAUGGACAGGCUAUGCUUACAACCAGAUGACUCUGAGUGCCCCAUGACUGCCCGAAACAAAAGAUCACUGGAGGCUCCUAAUAUUUCCACUGAGUUAACUGGUGGUUGCCAUGGAUUCUCAAAGAGGUUUAUGCAUUGGCAAGAAGAGUUGAUUUUGGGUGGUGUGAAGAAAAAUUCCCAGAACAUAUUGCUGAGUGCUGAAGCUUUACAGACCAUGUAUCUGCUGAUGAGCCCCAAGCAACUUUAUGAACAUUAUAAGGAUGAUUAUGAAAUCCACGAUAUCAACUGGAACUUGGAGAAGGCAACAGCCAUUUUGGAAAACUGGCAACGAAAGUUUGUUGAGGUGGCUCACCAGUCCCUGCCUCAGAACUCCACACAAAAUAUCCAUGCCUUUUCCACCACCACCCUCAAUGACAUCAUGAAAUCUUUUUCUGAUGUCAGUGCCCUCCGUGUCGCUGGAGGGUACUUGCUAAUGUUGGCAUAUGCUUGCGUGACCAUGCUGAGGUGGGACUGCUCCAAAUCCCAAGGAGCUGUGGGUCUAGCUGGAGUCCUGUUGGUGGCAUUGUCAGUAGCUUCAGGACUGGGGCUGUGCUCCCUUCUGGGCAUCUCGUUCAAUGCUGCAACAACUCAGGUACUACCAUUUCUGGCCCUGGGUAUUGGUGUUGAUGACAUGUUUCUCUUGGCUCAUGCAUUCACUGAGACAGGUCAAAAUAAGAACAUUCCUUUCAAGGACAGAACAGGUGAAUGUCUGAGAAGGACUGGAACCAGUGUUGCUCUCACAUCCAUUAAUAACAUGAUUGCUUUCUCGAUGGCUGCUCUGAUUCCCAUCCCCGCACUUCGUGCAUUUUCCUUACAGGCUGCAAUAGUUGUGGUUUUUAACUUUGCGAUGGUGCUCCUCAUCUUUCCUGCCAUCUUAAGCUUGGAUCUUCAUCGACGGGAAGACAAAAGGCUGGAUAUUUUCUGCUGUUUUUCCAGCCUCUGUUCAACGAGAGUAAUACGGGUCCAACCACAAGAGUUUGCAGAUGUGAACGAUAUCCAUAACUUUCACCCUUCUCUGAAUGGAGGGCCAACAUAUACCCACAGCACCCAGAUCACCACCACGGUUCAGGCAUUUACCCAGUGCGAUCCCACUGGCCAACACAUUGUCACCAUCCUUUCUCCAACAUCUCAGAUCUCUUCAACUCCUUCAGUCAUCGUACCUCCAGCCGAGCACAUUGGCUCCCAGGGAAUGGACCCCACCAGCUCAACUCGGGACCUACUGGCCCAGGUGGAUGAGGCAAAGGUCUGCAGGAACUGUGUUCAAAUACCCUUCGUCAAAUGGAAUUUGACUGAUUUUGCACGGGACAAGUACGCUCCACUUCUUCUGAGGACUGAAUCAAAAAUUGUCGUGUUAAUCCUCUUCAUGGCCUUGCUUGGGAUGAGCCUUUAUGGAACUACCAUGGUUCAUGAUGGGCUGUACCUUACAGACAUUGUGCCUCGUGAAACCAAGGAGUACAAUUUUAUUGAAGCCCAAUUCAAGUAUUUUUCCUUCUACAACAUGUACAUCGUCUCCAUGGGGGGGUUUGAUUAUGCUGCAUCCCAGAAGCUGCUUUAUGAUCUGCACAGGAGUUUCGAUAGUAUCAAAUAUAUUGUUCGUGAAGAGAAUAAACUGUUGCCAAAAAUGUGGUUGCAUUAUAUUCAGGACUGGCUAAGAGGGCUACAGGCUGCAUUCGACGAAGACUGGCGGACAGGGAAAAUCACGAGGGAGAGUUAUCGUAACGGUUCAGAAGAUGGUAUCCUUGCCUAUAAAUUACUCAUACAGACAGGAAACAAGAAGGAACCCUUCAACUAUAACCAGCUAUCGUCAAGACGAUUGGUGGAUGAGGAUGGGAUCAUAAAUCCUGACGUCUUUUACCUCUAUCUCACGGUGUGGGUUAGCAAUGACCCUCUGGGCUAUGCUGCAUCUCAGGCUAACUUCAACCCUCACCCCCCUGAGUGGAUUCACGACAGAUACGACACAACUGGAGAGAAUUUGAGAAUUCCCGCUGCUGAGAUGAUCGAGUUUGCCCAGUUUCCUUUCUACCUGACUGGCCUGCAGCAGACCUCGGAUUUCAUCGAAGCUAUCGAGAGCAUCAGGGCAAUCUGUGAGGAAUUCUCCAAGAAGGGCGUGCUCAGCUAUCCCAAUGGCUACCCUUUCCUGUUCUGGGAACAGUACAUUGGCCUGCGACACUGGUUUCUGCUCACCAUCAGCAUUGUGUUGGCCUGCACAUUCCUGGUCUGUGCCCUUCUGCUGCUCAAUCCCUGGACUGCUGGCAUUAUUGUGUUUAUUUUGGCUAUGAUGACGGUCGAGCUGUUUGGAAUCAUGGGACUAAUGGGAAUCAAACUGAGUGCAAUCCCUGUAGUGAUCCUGAUUGCUUCCGUUGGAAUUGGAGUGGAAUUCACUGUUCAUGUAGCUCUGGGUUUCCUGACUGCCAUUGGGAACAAGAAUAUGCGCUCUGCUGCAGCUCUGGAACAUAUGUUUGCACCAGUGAUCGAUGGAGCAAUCUCUACACUACUGGGGGUCCUGAUGUUGGCUGGUUCUGAAUUUGACUUCAUCAUUAGGUAUUUCUUUGCUGUUUUGACCAUCUUAACAAUAUUGGGUAUCCUUAAUGGACUGGUUCUCCUUCCUGUUUUGCUGUCAGUUAUUGGACCCCCAGCCGAGGUCACUCCGGCAGAUAGAGGCAGUCAAUUGCCAACCCCUUCCCCUGAGCCUAUUCCUCCACCCAUGAACCAUCAUGGCUUCUAUGUCCAUUCAUUUCCUUGGCAGCAGAGCACGUUUCCUGAGUCUUCCGACUCCGAAUAUUACUCAGAAACCACGGUGUCUGGGAUCAGCGAGGAGGACCUGCCGCACUUCGACCAGAGUGCAUACAUCAUCCCACCAACUCGCUCACAGAUACUGGUGGAGUCUGGAAAUAACCCUAACUUCCCGCGAGUUACAGUUGUGAAGCCAUACAAAGAUGUUAAGGAUUCGACAUACAAGAAGAACAAUUUAAACUCAAAAGUACCACAUCGAUCUACUGUUGGUUCUGUUAGUUCUCAGCUAGCCUGGCAAGAACCUCAAGACUUAAAUAAAAUCACAGGAGAAGGGAGGCAACAUUUCUCUAACAAUGGACUGCACAGCAGAAGUGAUGCUCAACCUAUCCAACCUGCCAGUUCUUGUAGGAGUCAAUAUAGGUCUCGCAACAGUAGGACUCACCAGCCUAGGACUACACUUCCAGCAUACUCCACUGGUAUGCCUGGAUCCAAUAACCCUUUCACUACAGUGACUGCCACAGCAUCAGUGACACUCUCUCUGCACCCGAGUGUAUCACAGACAUUUCAAGGAUACACACAUGAAGGGUUUGAGGACAGCGAGCCAGACUGUUUAGAGGAAUUGCACAUACCUUCCUCAUAUGUGAAUCAUGAGGAAACAAUAGACUCCAAACAGGAGAAUUUUGAACUUCAGGAUGCUGAAUGUGAAGUGAAGAGCAUGCAAGCCCCAAGAAGGCAUUAGGUCGCCUCAAAUGAAUGUGGCAACCAAAGAAUGCUUGUAUUCCUUAUCAUCAUCCCAUCCCAUCCCAUCCCAUCCCAUCCCAUAUCCCAACAUCCUCUGGGCUCAAGAAAUGUGUAAAACUGCCUAUGUACAUAAACCUCAUGAUGGAGACAGGAAGAUUUAUAUUAAAAUAUUAAGUUGGUGUUUAAAUAUAUUUUAAUACUAAAAAAAAUCAAAAUGAAACAAACCUAUUUAAUGAUGUACUGUAUACUUCUGUAUUAUAUACUGUGUAAAGCACCGGAAAAUUCAGAGUCAGAGUUCUAAUGAAUGGUAAGAUGUGUAGACUGUGUACAAUGAAGAGAAUUUUUGUAACUUUGGGUACAGAUAAAUGAUAAUUGCUUGAUUAUUUUGCUGCUAUGCUUUUUAAAACUUAAAAGUUUAUAUAGAUUAGAAUCCCUAUUCUUUCAGGAUUUUCUUUCUAUGCAAGUACCUAGUCACCAUGAAAGACAUUUUGUUUUCAGUUCAGGCAGAUUGUGGUGUUUACAGAAGUGACUUGUCUUUCUCACAGGCCUGUGCGUGCAGAUGCUUGGGAUCGACUAUAAUUUCAUGUAAAAUAAUUAAACAAUAACCAUAUUUACAGGCAGCCUUUCUGCCGUAAUGCAGAAUGCUUGUUUACCCUUCUUCCAUUGAAUUAGUUUCUCCAGUGGAUGGUGUCACAGGCAUUUGAGCAAAAUCAUAAUCUAAGAACUAGAAUGUUGGCAGCAAGAAUGGCAAUGUGAUGCUGAAGGCAGCCAUUAUUUUGCAUUACAAAAUGGCUGCUACUAAUUGUUGGCUCUUUUGGUUGCUCACUAAGGCUGAUCCUGCUGAAAUUUGAAUCUGGGCUUCCUUGAUGGGCUUAGUGACCGUCCUCCUACAGUUCAGAACAGUCUCAAACCCAACCCUGGCAUUUGCUAAGUUAGUUGAUGUAAACCAAGGCUGGUGAUAGUACAACAGAAACAGUAUCUAAGCUCUCUGAGCACUUGGUGUCCUUGGUACUCAUUUUUAUCUGGGGAUCCUAGCAGGAGAAGAUAGGAUUCAGCUCAGCAAUGAUGCACAACGUGGCAAACAACUUGUCCAAGCCCAAUGUUAAACCAAUGAACAAGUUGGUAAAAGGUAGUUGACUUGCAUGGAACAAGAGCACAGCAGGCAAAACUUCAGGAAGGAAAGAAAGACAAAGAAACUGACAUUGCUUUUUAACGGUGUGAGAAACUAUAUGUAAGCUACUCAGAGGAAGUCAUGGUGAGCUGUUGUACCUAAAGCAAAUUCAUGGGCAUUUGAUUCAAUGCAUCGAAGCUCAUACCUGACAAAAUGAUUAAUACAAAAAAAUUGUACAAGGGCACAAGCAGGGAAAAGUAUAGGGGUUGACAGGGCAGGAAAUCAAUAAAAUACCUCAUCUGAAAAUUGAUUUUUUUCCCUAUAUAUUUAAAAUGUUCUCAGCUCCAGCUCAGAAUAGGUGCACAUAAUUCCCAAAAAUAUAUGUCAAGCAUUGAUGUGACUAAAAUUCAAAAUGGGCACCCUGCAUAAUGUUUUAAAAAGUAAGGGUUUUAGAAGUUAGCAUGGUCUCAGCUAAUUUAGCAUGGUUAGUGAUCAACUCAUGAUCUAAAUCAUAUAUCAUUAGAUUCUUUCUAUAGGCAUCAAUUCUACAUAGAAUUAUUAAGUUAUCUUUGUCCUUCAGUUUGCUGAGCUAGAGUUCCACGAGUCCCCUUCAACAUCCCUCCACGUGGCAUUCUUCCAUGUAUGACUGGUGACAGAAGAGUGUCAGUAAGCUAUUAGAUGUGGAGAUCCCAGUUAAACUUAAGUCUUUCUUCAUCUGACAUGCACAUACAAAAAUUGCUGAAAAAUGAUCUGAUGACGAAACCCUUGAGAAUUUUUGCACUGAACAGGCUUUUCCCUGGAAAAGGGAAGACUGAGUGAUGGAGGCCUAUAAAAUUACAGGAAGAGUUUAUCCGGGUAGGCACACCAAUAUUACCAAUUCUGACAGGGUCAAAAAUGAGAGACCAUGAAGACAAGAGAGUCACUAAUAAAUUCAGUAUUAGGGUUUGAUUAUUUUAACCCAGAGAAUGAUACAAAUAUGGAACGUGAUCAUAUUGGAUAAAUAAAGGGAAACAAUAUGCUGUAUAUCUAACAGAAUCAGAUUUAUUAUCACUGAUUUAUAUGGCAUGAAAUUUGUUUUGUGGCAGCAGUAGAGUGCAAGAUAUAAAAUUAUUAUAAAUUACCAAAGUAAAUAAAGACUGUAAAAAAAGAGAAAUAACAAGUUUAAAAGGGACAUCAUGAUUGGCCUGUGAGAGAAAGGAAAUAUAUAUAUAUAUUUUGAUAGGAGAGGUGAAAUGCAGUGGGACAAAGCUUCUGUGGAGUGUCACUACUGGCAAAAUACAUUCAUCCAUGUGACCUGUUCCUGUGCAGUGAAUUCCAUGUAAUUCCCUCAGCUAGCCGAGGGGAGCUGUGUUACAUUUUAACAGUCUCAGCAUGGUCUCAGCUAAUUUAGCAUGGUUAGCGAUCAGCUCAUGAUCUAAAGAGCUCAGCAAGUUAGUGCCUUAAUUACUUGAGCAAUUAGGACAACUUCAACCUUUUUUUCCAAAUGCUUUAAAUGCCAUGCACCAUCACUUUUCCUCUUGCUCCGGAUCAGGAGUUUGGGCUGUUCUGUCAGCAUUAUUCAGUGGAAUGUGAGUGAUUUCAGGAUAUUUAACAUUGCUUUUGCCAUUACUAGAAGUGCUAUAAGUUUAUGACCAGUAAGCCAUGCAUGAUGGUAACUAUGAUUGAUCACAACGGGUUUGAGAUUUCGUUGCAUUGUGCACUUCAUUCUGUGUAACUGGACUAUUUGUAAGCAUUUUGACUCCCUUCUCAGACGGAGAGGACACUUAUUUCCAUUCUAGUGACACUGGAUAGCCCAACAACAUCUUCUCUUUCCUCUUAUACUGUGAGAAACUGCAUACUUACUCCCAUCUUAGUAGAUAUUCGAGUAUUUUUAAUCUAAACAGUUUCUCUGUUUUUGCAACAUCAGUGUGAGAUGUUUGCAAUAUAGCACACUUAAAGGGACUAAUUUUCCACCAACACUCCAUUUCCAUUCUGUUACUUUUCACAUUUGGCUUCACAUUUUCUCAAAGAACUUAUCAGUCACAGGCUGGUGCAAAUAAUUGUGCAUCUAGUUUGCAGCCCUUCUAGGCAACUCUUGAUGCUGCAAUGAGGCCCGUUACUAAGAUGUGCACAAUAGUCUCCUCUCCCAGGUCAGACUUAACCUGUUCUGAAUUUCCUCUCCUGUUCAAAAAAAAGGUUCAAAAUGCAAGCUUCCAAACCUUGUUUGCUUUAAAAAAUAGUAAUAAUCGAUUAUUCCAACAGUUUGUAUGAUAUUGCUCCCACCUAAGGCAGUGAUGUAUUGGAAUAAUGUGUGUGGUGGACUGAGUAAUUCAAAGGGAGCCCAUUUUUGUCUUUCAACAGAAUGAGAUGCUAAAUGUUCGUAUUAUUUUCAUUUGUCAUUUUUGCCCCAGUGCGUAUUUUCACAGAACAUGCAGCCAUUAUUUUCAUUGCAACCAUUUUAAGUGCCAAGUGUUCUUUUUUCUAACCAGACUGAAGAGAGUGGAUAUUCAUUGCCAGUAAAAUGAAUGAAUGGAAGUGUUUUAAAUUAAUAGUGUUGAUUGUUGUUAUUGGUGGUGUUAUAUUUAUAUUUUUGUACAAUAUGGAAAAGAAAACAGUGUUUGUCACAGAGGUAUUUAACCAUAUUGCUCUGGAUCGUGCAUUGACUCACGUGAUUUGAAAUCUGUAGGAUGUCACAGUAUAUUGAUUUUGCAAUUUGUGCCAUAACUCCAAGUACAGAUCACUUGUGCUGACUGGUCUGAGUUCUGCUGAAAUAAAUGAUGGGCUUACAGAUGGCUGUCUAAUUAUCUCCAUUCAAGAAAUCCAAGCAAUUUCACACUUUUUUUUUACUGCAGACUAUUUAAUAGUUUAAAUGAAAUUGAGUGCUUCCGUUUCCCACAUUUUUUCCACGACCAGUUCUGUUAAUUUUGCUAAAUUGAUCCUUUUUUCAUGUUUUGUUUCACACCUUCAUAAUUUUCCUCAGGUUGGGUAACUUGGACCUAUUAACUACCGAUUUAUCAACAGCCCUAUCACUUGGAUGAACUUUUAAAAUUAAAACCCCUUAUAGACUUGAUCCAUCAGAUAGCUACUUUUCUUUUUGUUCGCCAUCUGAAAUUAUCCACUUAAAUGCAUCCUUGUUUUCAAUUUACUUUAAAAGAUUGGUGGAAUUUACAAAACAAUAAUUUAUUGUCUUUCGCUUAGUUUUAAUAUUUCUUGCAAUAAGACACAAGAACUAAUUAUGUUAGAACUCUAGAAUAGUAAAUAUUUUUACAAUGUCCUCAAUUAAUUAAUAUUAAAUCUGUUUCUAUGCUGUUCCUCCAGUCAUCUGGUUUUAAAAUGUUCCUUCAUGUAAGGUCCCCUGAAAAUGCAAAAUCUUCCAUCCCACUUCUGAAAGGCAAUUUCAGCAUGAAUGGAACAGAAGAUACAUUGUGUAUCCAGAAGCAGAGAUGGCAAAUUCGUGAGUUUACAGCCCCUAAAACCCCCCAAAUUAUAAGGAUCCCAGUUUGAGAAACUUAUGUUCUAGCUCUGGUAUCUCGCUAAUCAUGUGGAGGGCCACCAGGACCACUGGGAAGGAGCUGCAAGUACAAUUUCAAUCAUCAGUUACAGUAAUGAUGUAAGAAAACAUUCCAAACUCUCUUCUCCCAAGUGGCUGGAGAGCAACAAUUUGUGUUCCAUUUAAGUAUAGGAGUGAGGGAGCACUGAGAAGUCUUGUUAACUGUAAUAUUUCAUCCUGCCAAUUACUAAAGGAACUGCAGCACGGAAAUACUCAUCUGUGCCUGCUGGUGCUAGCUCAGUGUUUACAUCCUUUAUCCAAUUGCCGAUCCAGAGUUUUAAGGAUUCAGCACUGUGAUUGGUCUAAUCACUGCCAUUCCAACAAAUGCAGGGAAUUUUGUUUUUGUUUUCUCUCUUGAAUUUUUUUUACAAAUGUGUUGAAGCAAAAGGGGCUGCUUCAAAUUGGGGGGAAAAAUUGUCAGUGGAUAAAUGCUGUAUCUGUCUAAAGCGUGAGGGGGUGGUUGAAGAAAAAAAAAACUUUUAAUUGUAGGAUCCAGUAGAAUAAAAAUGUCUUGUUUCUUUCUGUGAAAUAAAAUCUUGUAAAUGGUAGUUACUGUAGUAGAAAAGAAAAAUAUACCCACCACAUGAAAAAAAUCUAAUCUGUUCAUGGGGGCUUUUUUUGGUUGUUGGGUAUAUGUAAUCAGUUAAACUAUUGUAUGCCAUAUAAGUUAUUUAUAUAAAUUUUUAUUUUUGUAGUUGUACAGAAGUAGCCAUCUGACUGAAGUAUAUUUUUAAAGAGUAAAUAUAUAUUAUUAUAUUAUAUAUUGUUAAUUGGGUUCAUUACUAAGGUCUGGUGGCACGCCUCUUGUAUACAUCUGCAGAGUGAAGGAUGUGUACUAAACUGUUACUGUCUGUGUUGUCAUCUUGUUACUGCUCCUCACACCCUUCCCAUUCCUGUUAAAUGAGGUGAUGAAUUGGAAAUCUGGACACUGUGACCAAUAAGCCUGCUCCUUGUGACUGUAAUACUGCCAUGUUUAGUCUCCAGCACAAUAGGAGAUUAACUAACAAAAUAAAAAUAAAC